CUGUUCCCCGUCUCCCCGCAGCUGAAGUACUGGACCACUGACUCCAGCCUCCCCAGCCCGAGCCCCUUGUCCGACGCCACAUUCCGUCCGCACAAUCAGAUCACCGCCCUCGCGCAUCCAUAUGUCAACGCCCCGGACGGCGAGCUGUCGAUGAAGGCACACUACCCCGCGGGCUCGUUCACCUUCAGCAACACCCCGCAGGGCGGGAUCUCGUUCUAUGCACCAGGCCCCGCCAGCGUCGACCUCACCACCGCCAAAGAGGCCACCUUCGGUUACUCCGUCUACUUCCCGUCCGGGUUCCAGUUCGUGAAGGGCGGCAAGCUGCCCGGCCUCUACGGUGGAGACAGCGAUAGCGAGGCCGUCUCCUGCUCCGGGGGUAGACGCGACGACGGCUGCUUCUCCGCCCGCCUCAUGUGGCGCACGAACGGCGCCGGGGAGCUCUACACGUACCUCCCCCCAGACUACGACGCAAACCAGGCCGUGUGCGACAUCCCGCCGUUCUCGACGUGCAACGACGUGUACGGCGCGUCUGUGGGCCGCGGCUCGUUCACGUGGAAGACCGGCGGACGGACGACGAUCAGCCAGCGCGUGCGCCUGAACGACGCCGGGCAGGAGAACGGCGAGCUCGAGCUGUUCGCGAACGGUAAGAGCGUGGUCAAUGUUGGGGGCCUCGUGCUGCGCAACAGCUCCGCGGGGCGUAUUCGGGGGAUCCAGAUGCAGACCUUCUUCGGAGGAUCCGACUCCUCGUGGGCGUCGCCGGUCGACCAGGACGUGUAUUUCUCCGACUUCUCCGUUGCUAUCACGGAGACACUCUGA